GCCUCUGGGCUCGCGGAGGAGCGCGCAGGGCCGCUGGGACCGAAGCUGUAUCGAGAGUCGCCCCCUCCGCGACACGGGCACCGAGCCGCCGCCGCCGGCCCCGCCAGCACCAUGUCCUCCUCCACCCAGGCCGGCAAGGGCAGGAGGCAGAGCGUCAGCUUGACAUCAAAGAUGGAGUUAAAUACCAAGGGGACAUCUAUUUCAGGAACUAGCAGCCAAAGACGAAUGAGCUAUGUUAGUGGUGUCAACCCAAACAGAGUUGAAUCAUUGAGUCGAAGAAGCAUACUGAUAGCUUCUGAUGGCAAAACCAUGGAUAAGGGGUCUCUCAUAGGGAGUAGGCAUACCAUUCAGGUAUUUGAUGAGCAAGGGAAGGAUGUAACACCUCGUCCACUCUAUCGUCCAGAACCAAGUGCUUCACUACACAGACAAAGCAAAAUCUUAUCAACGCAGGAUUUCUCUGGCGCCACUGGAUCUGAUUUUCUGUCUUCCUUCUCCAUGCAUCAGACAUCUGGAGUUAAUGCUAGUUUAGUAGGUCCAUUCUCAAGGACAUAUGGAAGCAGCACUAUUUCUAAAUCAACCACAUCUACAACUGAGUCUAUGGCAGAUGAAAUAGUAGAGCCUGGUUCUAGACGAGACACAGCUAUUAGCUUAUCUGAUGUACAGGUGAGGCGAGAUGAGAUAAAAGAACAGCUGACAAAAGAAGACAUUGAUAAGAGAGUGGAUAUUUACCUCACGGAGACAGAAACUAUCUGGUUAUUGGACAUGCCAACUGUCAUGAUGUCCGUAGAAUCUGAAGAUGCUGAAAAAGUGCAGGAACGGAACAAGGAUUAUAUUGAGCUUUGUAAAAAUAAAGUUGGUAAUGAUCGCUUUGUGGAAAGGAUGAUGCAAACUCUUAAUGGAGCACCAAAGACUAAAGAAGUGCAAUGUGAGAAAAUCCUCAUGGAAGAUAAAGGGAUAAUGGCCACUUCUUGGGACUUGUAUGAUUCCUUUAAUGCCUUGGAACCAAUGCUUACAUCUUCAGUAAUGGAAAGAAGUAGCAGACCAACCAGUGUGAGUAGCAGUAAAUCUAAUGUGACCAAAGACCGUGAACGAACCAUGUCUACGACUUCUACAGAUAGAGAGAGCAUAACCUCAAGUUCUAUAAUUGAUUUGGAAAGUGUUAUUCUUGCCAGAAUCCACGAAGAAGAGAAAGACCAUUCUGAAGCUAUAUUGAAAUCAGAAAAAUUUCAGCAGGAUUUAUUUUUUAUGGAAAGGGUUCUAAUGGAGAAUGUUUUUCAGCCCAAACUUGCAGCUUAUCGUCAACUUCCUGUUCUUCUAGAACCAGUUCUUACAUCUGAUGCUGGCAAAGAGGAAGCAGAAACAGAGGAAGCAGAAGAGGGGGAGGAAGAGGAGGAAAUAAAAAAGGAAACAGUAGUUAGUUCAUCACUUUUGUUAGAUCUAAGUGAAGCACCAGAAGAAAUCUUACCGCCCAGUCUGGAACGACUGUGGUCCUAUACAUGUGAGUGGACUAAUGGCCACAAUGUGAGCAGCAUGGCUUGGAACAAGUUAAACCCAGAUCUUUUGGCUGUUGGUUAUGGGCAGUUUGGUUUUCAAGAACAGAAGAAAGGCUUGGCUUGCUGCUGGUCACUCAAAAACCCUAUGUGGCCAGAGCGUAUUUAUCAAUGUGAUCACGGUGUUACUGCAUUGGAUUUCUCUCUGGCAAACCCAAACCUUUUAGCAGUUGGAACGUACAAUGGCACAGUAGCCAUCUAUAAUGUACAGACCCAUAAUACCACCGCACUUUUGGACAGCAGUGAAUCUUUUGAUAAGCAUAUAGGCCCUGUAUGGCAGCUGAAGUGGAUCGAACAGGACAGGGGCACAACGGGAGAUGACAAAGGAGAGAUAUUAAUCUCUAUCUCAGCAGAUGGCAGAAUAACCAAGUGGCUUAUACGCAAAGGACUAGGCUGCACUGAUCUGAUGAAACUGAAGCGAACCGCAAGUGAAAGGAAAAAACUAACCGGUGAAAAAGAAAAGAAAAGCGAAGCUCUGAUAUCUCGACAGGCACCUGGAAUGUGCUUUGACUUUCAUCCAAGGAAUACUAAUAUAUACCUGGCUGGAACAGAAGAAGGGCAUAUUCACAAAUGUUCUUGUUCAUAUAAUGAACAGUUCCUAGAGACCUACCGAGCACAUAAGGGUCCUGUGUACAAGAUAGCAUGGAAUCCGUUCAGUGCUGACAUGUUUUUAAGCUGCUCUGCGGACUGGAGUAUUAUUUUAUGGCGCCAAGAUUCAGUAAGGCCCAUUUUAACUUUCAGUUCCACCACUAAUGUUGUUCAUGACAUUAUGUGGUCUCCAAAAUCAGCCUUUGUAUUUGCAGCAGUGAAUGAAGGCAGAGUGGAAAUUUGGGACCUGAGUGUCAGCACUUUGGACCCCCUGAUUGUGACCUUUGCCAACCCAGGAGUGAAAUUCACAACUGUGCUUUUUGCUAGAAACACAGACUGCAUUCUAAUAGGGGACAAUAAUGGAAUCGUCAGUGUGUAUGAGCUGAGGAACAUGACUGCUUCAGAUAGUAAUAAGGUGGAUGCUUUACAUGACAUAAUUGGCUCUGCUCUAGCCAGUUAACACUAGUUUACUGAUAAUACUUCUCAGUCAGUAAACAAAGGAAAAGACAACAAAUAAUUAUGUCCUAUGUGUCUUUAUAACCUGAAGCCUGUCAUUUAAUUAUGCAGAAAAAAUCACAUAAAAUGCUAUAUUGUAUUAAAUAAAGGGUAAUAGUUUUUCCAUCAUUAAAGUAUCUGUGGAAUCAAACUGAAUGCCCUGAAUUUUCCUCUGGAAAUGCCCAUCAUUGCACACAAAUUAAGUAUAAGUUAUGCUUCCAGUAUAUUUUCCUGUAUCAAUGCAAAAGUCAAUUGCAUAAAUCAAAGAAAACAUCCAGUCCUUCCUCAUUACCCAUAUGGAUCCCCAGAGUUCUCAGUAAAGUUCCAGGUAAAGAGAGGGCUGGAAACUUGAGUCACAAUGGCAGAAAACUAAGUUCAUAACAUACAAUUUGAAACACAAAGAAUUUCUCCAAGCAUAUGUGAUUGCCAUCCAAGCGAUCAUUCCUCUAAUUAUGACAUUGCAUUAUACUUAUGGUCGUGGGGUGAAAUCUUGGCCCCACUGAAGUCAAUAGCAAAAAUCCCAUAGACUUCACCAGCGCCAAGAUUUUACCCUCAGUCUAGGAUUUCAUCCCACUCUUUAUUUUCAAAGCACUGAACAACCUAUGUCCAGGACACCUAGUGUAGUGUUUUAUCCUUCAGUACCUCAACAGUUCUGCUCAGAGACAACAGACCUGUCGGCCUGAAAGACAAAGCUCAUUUAUCCAAGAGACAGGGCUUUCCUUGGGGCUGGCCUGAGACUGUGAAACUGUCCCCCUGAAGGAACCGCCAUGAACCUCACAAUGUUCAGGUCCAAACAUCACACAUACUCCCUCAGCCUUGCCUUCCUGCCAACACCAUGUGGCACAUCAAGGUCCUGAGCCGAAACCUAGUGAAGGCAAGAGAAAGAUGCCCACUAGAGUCACUGGGCUCUUGGUCGGGCCCUAACUUAUUAGAGGAAGAAGGAGGAAAAAUCUGGAAGAGAACUCCUAUUUAGGCCAUCCCAGUGGGAAUCAAGACAUUGCCUCAAGUCUACUUAGAAGUAGUCAAUGUUCCCCUCUCUUGUUCUCAACCUGGUGUUCUCUUGCCUGGGAAUACAUUGUAUAGUGAGCGAGCAAGAUCGUUUUCAAAUCCCAUGUCAUCUGCAUUCAAACCACAGCUAACGAUAAAGGCAGAGCUCCUCAAGCAGUUACAACUAAACUUCAGCAAGUAGCCAGUAAAAGCUACUAAGGCAGAUACACAGUACCCCCCAAAUCAUUCCACAGUGAUGAACAACUGGCCAGAUUUGAGCAUGGAUUCCUUGUACAGAGGCACUUUACACUCUCUGUAGACCACACUGCUAGUUCUAGUGAAUAAUGAUACUGGACCUGGGGGUCCUUACAUGAGGACAACUAUAUUAUCCUAGGGGAUUUGGGGUAUUGGUUGUCCAUAAAAAUGGAUCAUCUUCUCAUGUGACCAAUUAACAAUAUUAUUCCAAGUUCUAGGCCGUUAUCUGCAGUUAGGAAAGGGAGAGAUCCCCCUCUAGGCACAGGAAAAAUAUAAUCAAACCCUUGAAGUGAAAUGCUCUGCCUGUCAAAUGAUGAAUUCAAUAUCUGUUCUGUCCUUGAGUGUUGUCAUGCGGUGGGCCUUAUUUUUUAAAUGUACAGAACAUUAAGUCUGUCUCAUUUGUUUUACAGUGAAAGCUCAAUGUUUAAACACAACCUCAAAAUUGUACACCGUUUAGAGACCCAUUACCAUUCAUUUCCUUUGACAUUACACGCUUUAUGACAAAACUGCAAGCUUGACCCUUGACAGAGAACAAAUUCACGUAUGUUUAUGAGAUGACAACCAUUAAGGUGAAUCAUGUGUUAAUCAUUAUUAAAAAUAUGACAAAAAAUACACCAUUUCUUUUCGUCAAUGUAGCUAGUUGUUUACUUACCGGUAUUAGUAGUGAAAAUGCCCUUUCCAUCACACCCAUAACAUGCAGUAACUCACUCUGCGCAAAACAAUUAAAGUUUAAUGUCACGGUGCUGGGAAACACUUGUGAUGCUAGGAAGUGUAAAGAUCUUCAAGGUUGCUCAUGUAGUUUGUUUCUAAAUAAUGAAUUUCUGACCUCAGUUGUCCAAACCAUAGCAAUAUUCUUAAGCGUGUGUUAUUGCAAAAUAAUGCUUUAGCAACCUAAAGACACGACGGGCAUAGCAAUACCAUACCAACAAAAUAAUACAGCUAGAUCAUAGAGCAGUGUCACAGAUUUCUAAAUGUUUCUUUAUAGGGCCUAUGCAGCACAGUCAUAAAGCUUCUUAGCCCUGUUCUUUCAAAACUCCCAUUUUUCAGAUGUUACCAAAAUAAAAUACAGGCAAGGUCUGAUCAGAAACAGUCAAAUAAAAAAAGAGUCCCGUUCAGUUAUAUCGUGUAAUGGCAGACAUCUAAAAGGAGACAAGUUUUUAAAGUGUUUAUAUACCAAUGCUAGAAGUCUAAAUAAUAAAAUGGCAUAAUAAUAGGCAUCACAGAAACUUGGUGGAAUAUGGGGGCUUUCAAUUAUCCCAAUAUUGGCUGGGUACAUCGUACAUGUCACCUCAGGACAAGAUGCAGAGAUAAAGUUUCUUGACACCUUAAAUGACUGCUUCUUGGAACAGCUAGCCCUGGAACCCACCAGUAGAGAGGCAAUUCUUGAUUUAGUCCUAAGUGGAGCACAGGAUCUGGUCCAAGAGGUGAAUAUAACUGGUAAUAGUGACCAUAAUAUAAUUACAUUUAAUAUUCCUGUGGCAGGAAAAACACCAGAGUGGCCCAAUACUGUGGCAUUUAAUUUCAGAAAGGGGAACUACACAAAAAUGAGUAUAGUUAAACAGAUAUUAAAGGGUACAGUACCAAAAGUGAAAUCUCUGCAACCUGCAUGGAAACUUUUUAA